AUGAGUAACAUUACUGAAGAUUUUGUUAAAGCAAGAGAUUCUGACGAUUCUGACGAUUCUGACGACGAACUUCUUCAAGGAGUAAUCAAUCUUCAAGAAAUAAUCAGACCUCCUUUGCAACCCAGUAAUGGAUUAAAUCCAAAACCGCAGGAAAUUAAGCAACCUCCGCUCAAGCCAGAUAAUAUAGAAUCUUCGAAUACCUCCAUUACCACUGACGCAAAUAAAAACACAUCAAGCACACAUGAUGAAAAUCUCCGUGACGUAUUUGAAAGUGGAUUAGUAAGGACUACAUCAAUCGGUGGGCAAAAACGUCAAAGAUGGACGGAUCUUGAAUUGUACUAUCUUGAACGCGGAAUGGAGGAGUUUGGAACUAGAUGGGAGGACAUUCUAAAAAAAUACGGGAAACCUCAUGGACCAUUAAGAAACCGCACUGCGUUUUUAUAA